AAUGUGCUACUGACACGGAGGGAUUUUUGAAACAUGUUCUAAAUAGGCAAGAUAAAACUCGAAAAGCAAUUAUUUUACGACAGUUUUCCACAGAUUUCAGUUCAGCGACCCGUAGAUAACCAAUUCGCAAUUUUCAACAGCCAGAGUGUGUGUCUUUUUACAAGACUGGCUAGGUUAGUGUAAACAAUGGAUUUCGGUUACGUUAAAUCACUUCAGUAAAAAAUCUAAUAGGAAAACGCAUGCUGUUGUGGAAAAAUGGAGCUGAAGCUGGAGGUCGUUUUGUCUUCGAGCAUCAAACGCAAAAAACCAUGGCCCAGAUUCUGUUGGCUCGGACAGGAAAAGGAGACUGUGUUCCUAUUAGAUGAUAAACGGAUAAGUGAGAUUAACAUGGUUUCUGGGCGCACCAAGAAAAGAACUCCUAAACUCCAGCCACUGCUCAACAAUGUAGUGACAAUGGGUUCAGCAAGCAAUGGUAUGUGGCUUUGUGGACUCCUAAAAACUGGGAAGAUAUUUAUGUGGAAUAGGGAUAAAGACCUUUUAAAAACUACAACAACUGUGCCUGAAAUUGUUGAUUUCAUAUCUAGUGCCGAAGGAAGUGCCUCGAGACUGUCUGUCCAGGUUUCAGGAGAUGGCAUGCGUGUGUUGCUUGUAGGUGUAACAGGGCACAUUUUCCUCUGGCAGUGUACAGAUGUCAGAGAUAUGAUAGGUGUCCGAGAUUGCACAGUAAAAGGAAACUGGACCCAAAUACAGUCCUCUAAUGACACAAUGCUGCCAACUUCACAAGACAAAGAAGCCUGUGUGCACACACUAUUUAUUAAAACAGAGGCUUUGGGUGAUGUAGGUUUAUCCACCUUUGUGUUUACAUCUGGAAACAAACUAGUCAUAUCUUGUCUCAAAAUUAUGUGGGGUGAGAAUCAGGAGAAAAUUUGUCCAGUGAAUUACAGUAUAAAAUGGGCCACCACAACAUUCCCGAUGUCAAGUCUCAAACCUCCCUGCCAACCUGUGAAGUCCAGAGGUGCCUUAGUGUCAGUUCUUUCACCUGAUGGCCAAAUCCUAGCUGUUGUUUUAAACCAGAGACAGCCACAGGCUACACAAGUCCUUUUUGUCAACAUUGUUAAUUUUGUGUCUGUGUCACGAAGCCUUGGAGGUUGUGGAAGUAAGAAAAUUGCUAUUCCAUCAAAAUAUAUAAGGUCAUACUGGGUAGGAUGUGUAAGCUGGUCUGCUGAUGGUCUGCUUCUGGCUUGCGUUUUGAAAAGAGGUUCGCUUUUAAUAUUGGCACGCCUUGGAGGGAUUUUGACUUUAUCAACCUCUGGUUGCAACAUUGAUUUUGGACCUGCGCAUUUCCUUCCAUUGCACCCAUUAGUAACUUACAGGCCUCCAUCAACCACAGGCAAAGGAGAGGCAUCUUUGUCCAGCUCAAGUUUGUCUGUGCGAGAUGUGAUGAGGCAACGGUACUCGGUGACUUGGCACCCACAGCUUUUUUACUUUAUUGUAUCUGAUGGCUACAUGGCAACAGUUGUAAGAGUGCUUGACAAGAUUUCACCUGCUCUGCUGUUGAAAACUAUACUGAAGGACACUGCUACAGAGCUUGAGAAGGCCACUCAGUUACUGCAAAAUUCACAGAACCAUAUGAAGGUGUGGUUGGAUGCGGUUUCAGCUCUGAAUGUGGAAAAAAACCUUCUGGACUUAGCUCCAAACUACAGGCCUAAUACCAUGAUAACUUCUGCAGAUGGAUCCACAUUGCCCUUCUUUUUGCAAGAUCAAGGAACAAUGGGAACCUCCCAUGAGAUUCUAGAAACAGUGCAGACAUUCUUUGAAGAUGAUUCUGACAUGGAUGGCGUUCCAGUUGGUUCCCAUGUUGAGGAGGGUGGUCGGUUGGAAUUUGCCUCAAUGUUUGAUACCCUUCAUGCCUUAAAUACACAUUAUGAACAGUUUCGAGAUUCAGAUUCUGAGCAAGGGUCCACUGUUGGAAAGAAAAUAACUUCUUGUGACUUGGAAAAGAUGGAAAGUAAGCUGUUAACUGCCUGGGCCUUUGGUGUGUCUUUGGGGACCUUUGGUGAAUCCAAAUCUUCUCUAUUGAAACAUGCCAUGAAGUGUACUGUUCGCUUUGCAGCACUGUUACAGUUAAUACCUAACUCCUUGAUGCAUUCAGAAAAUGAUCCUGCUUAUAUGUUGAACUUUCUCAAGAAGCUUCUCCAUUUUACUCCCUGGGAUAGAGCAAACUCACAAGGACCACUAUUGGUUGGGAUAAUGGUAGAACUUUGUAGAAAUCUGGUUCAACUAGUGCUGACCCCAUACACGGAAUCAUACCAGCGUUGUAACUGUGAAAUAUCAUCUUACAAUUUAUCUACAGCACUCCAAAUAAUCCAAAUGUUUUCCCAGUCUCUUGAUCAAACAUUCUCGCUACAGCAGAGAAGUAUCUGGUCUUCUGAUGGAAAAGAAUCUUCUCAGCCACUUGAGCUCUGGCCCUCAGAUUUACACAGUGUGCCAGUGCUGCAAACUGAAACAAGAGAGGAGACAGACCUAUUGCAUCGUCCACUACCUGGUCUUGUUAUGCCCUCCAGAAGGUUGCGCAGUAUCUGGACGUGGAUUUACACAAUCACCCAAAAGUACAUGGAGGAAUUGGAACAUUUUAAAGGUGGUGACAACUGGGAAAUGGAAAAACAACAGUUGGUGGUCAUAAUGUGUAAGAUUCAGACAGUGUUACAAACUUCUGGGAAGCAGCUGGAAGAGUCCAACAGGCUACUAAAAUAUACAGGGGAGCAUCUUUUUCUUUCUGGCUAUUACACAGAAAGUUCAGAAGUUUGGUUCUCACAACUUUUGAAGACAAGCAAAAAAAGUGGUAAAUCAACUGUGUUUCAGGAAAAACGUCUUUGUUUGGCACUUUUGUACAGUCUACUCUCUCAGUACCAUCUUAAACAAGCACAGGAGUUGGGAGACCACAUGGCCUGUCUAAUACUGCAAACAAAUAAGCACCAGGAAGACGGGAGCAGAGACGGCAUCACUACCAAAAAAGAAUCCUUUCAGUGUUUGUGGCUUUCAAAGGAUCUUAGUACAGAUGCAGCUUAUGCAGUGGUUCAAACUCUGGGGAGAUUCAUGGCUUCCUAUUUCAGCAACAAGACCCUUUACAUACUACCACCCCACAAUGUGGAUGUCCUUCCACCAAUACAUAUGCCUCAUGCCUCUUGCAUUGGGCGCUUGGUCCCGCUGUGCCACGAAGAGGUAGCAAAGGCGGUCAGACAGCAACAGCUCUCAGAAAUCUGGACAGUGGAGUAUGCACAGGACCUGCUGUUGCUAGGGGGGUUACUUCCAGAGUCUGUGUGGUUGGCUUACCAUCUGGGGGAUUGGAAAGCAGCAGUUUCUCUGAGCCAGGCAUAUUCAUGUUACUGCAAGCAGCACUUUGAUUUCACUGGUUUUAACAGAAGAGAGCUUUGUCUUCCAAAGGAUUUAGAACCAGCAAACAUUCUUCAAGCUGAGCUCGACUGUCUUUUAGGAGGCAAUGGAAACUCAAAGGAACAAAGGGAAACCGAUGCAAACCAAACUUUCUCAGACCCUGUUGACGAAGAAGACUGGAGUCUGUUGCAAGUUUCCAUAAAGGACAUUCUGAAGGCCUCAACCAUAGCAGGGGUGGAUGCUGUGUCUUCUCCUUUGUCCUCCCUUCUGAACAAAGCCAAAGACUUGUGUUCAUGUUUGACUGCCAUGGUGCCUACAGCUUUGUAUCUUCCAUCUCCACCUCUCUAUUGUCCCCAGCCCUCCCUAAACACUCAGGACCUAGUGGGCAUAAUGGGGUGUCAAACAGAAGUCGCCUCUCGCCAUAGAAUAUCGAAAGUCGUCCAGAAAUUACUCUUACUUCUGAGAUCUGCAAAUUGCUGUUAUCCUGCCGCUCAGUGGUACCUCAACCAGCUGCGGCGUGCCAGACACGUUUUAUACAAGAUGAGGAAGAAAUAUUCCUAUCCCAGUGCUAUUCAAGAAGAAAAAUCCUUUCCAGAUGGUCUUUUGAAGUUCAUCAACAGGAGUGGGUACUUUAGAUGGGGACCUAAAAAGAACAUCGACCCUGGAACAAUUCAGACAAUAAUCUGUUUCAGGGAAUUGUGUGGUCUGUGCUGGAUGCUUCACAUCAGGGAUAAGCUCUCCUUAUCUUGCAGAAAGUAUCAGGCUGAUCGACAGCAAGCAAGAGAUGACCAGACCCAAGAGGAUUCAGAAAUGAGAUCUCCUUGUGUUGAUGCUCUUCAGUGGGCCCAACGGUUUCUACCUUUUUCUCGGUUUCUAAACUGUGAAGAAAUUGUUCAAGAUAUUAUACUCAGUCUAUUGUCUGAACUGCCUCCUGUUUUAUUGGUGGCAGACACUCUGGUGCUGUCUUUCCCAGAGGAAGAAGAAUCCAUUAGAGUCCCACUGAGAGAAAAGUACAACACCAUAAUGCAGACUUUAAGGCAGUGUAAUGUCAUUGGUACUGGAAAGGAAACAGGGGAGAUCAUGAUGGUUCUCAUUCAAGACAAACUCAGGCUAAGGAAAAAACACUUUGGUCGGUUGCGACGGCACCUGGCCCCUCUUGAGUUACAUUUAUGGGAAAAAGAAAUUGAAGAGGAAGAAGGUCGAAGCAAACAUGGGAUGGCCAGGUUAAAGCAACUGUCUCUGGGGACAAGUCUGAGCACAAGCACCUUAACAGACUGUGGGCUGCUCCCUCUGCAAAGUGAUGUAGACACAGUAGAAAACAUGUCUGAGACACCAGUGUCCCCUAACCCACACACCACAAAGACAAAGUUUAGAACCAAAAAGUCUAAAAUACGUGACAGGAGAGAUAAGACUUCAAAGAAGGUGAAGAAUGUCAUUACAGAAGAGGGUCCAUCAGGUGAAGCCAAAGAUGAGCAACAUUCAUCAAUAAACCAGCCUUCCCUCCCCUUAGUGGGAUCAUGGGAGUUUGAGCUUGAAGAUGCAGAGUAUCUGAACUUCCUAGAGCUUUUCCUAAGUUAUCUUUUAGAAAAGGACACUGCUGACACUUCUAAUGAACUUCCAUUGCUGAAAGACUUCUCUCACAAACUGAGAGAAAAGGAGUUGCAUUCUCUAGCUUUUGAUGUUUUAACAACUAUGCAUCGACGUCAAAGAGAUGCAAAAAACAACCAAGGGACUCACAUUUUUAGAGCUGGUUCUUGCUUUAGGCCAAUGACUCAAGAUACAGCAGCUACGACCUCAGCUGUAUCAAGUGAGUCUUCCCUCUCCCCAAAACAUGCCUCUUCUACUGGUUUUCUUCAGCAUACAACAGGCUUACAUAAAGGUUUGCUUAGUCAUCAAAACCAACUGCAUGACUGUUCACAAGGAAGUAUUAAAACCAGCCCUGUUAGAGGUUUUUUUCAGACACAGGCAUCUGAGAACCUGAGGUUUUGCUCUGUGGCUCCUGCCGUGGAGGUGAUGCAGAGCCUUAAUGCAGAAUUUGAAGCUCAGUUUCCAGAGCUGGGCAGGCUGCUGGUGUGGAUGAUGCGCUGGGCAGAUAGCAGGCUGCUUCUGGGGCAGCAUGGUAAGAAGAGAAAGAAGGGAGGUGAGGGUGGAGAAACAGCUGAUGAAGGAGUGGUCAUUCGCAUCAAAGCCUCUGCACCCGCAGUCCUUACCUCGCUGUGCUUGAUGCAACACAGAUACACUGCUGUGCUUGGGAUGGACUUCUACAGAACCCAUAUGCAAAUACCAAACACACAGUGGAUAGUGGCCCCUGUGCUAGAGCUUCCAACAGAUCGAAAGGUGGAAAAGGAGAGGAGAGUGGAUACAAGCCUUUCUCUGUCGACUAAUAUGCCAACCACAGUUCUUGAUUCAAAUAUAAAGGCAUCAUCUAUUGGUUCAUGUGGAUGUGAAGAUCAGCUGCACCCAAGCACACUCAUAAGUUCAUCAUCUUCACAUUCUCCUGAGGGUGCAAAUGUUGCAUUGCAAGAGGAAGACAGGGACACUCACUACAAUGACUGGAAGCAUUCCUCCAUUUCAAGUGAAAUCUGUACUCCAGGAACAACUCUCUUUUUACAGAGUUUGAAGCUUGCAGACCUUGAAAAUCCCCAACCUCUGUCACAUUCUGUCACUUUGGAACCAGUGUCCUCUCCCCACACAAACCUUCAAAUAUGUUCAACAGACAAAGAAGAGAGUGUGGUUCAAGAUGGUGGUUCAAAGGUCCAGUCUUCAAGCCAAGGUCCAGAUCCUCGCACACAGCCCUCCUCAGCUGUCCCCCCUUUAGUGUCGUGUGUCCCUGAUCUUGCAACUGAGACCUCAGAGAUGAGACAGCGUUUAGGUGAAGAUCUGUACAAAUUGGUUCAGAAUAUUAACUACAUGAGCCUGAUGGAAGUCCUGGGAGCGUCAUUUUCUAAUUUACAACUUGCCCAGCAGAAUGCCUCUUUGGUUCAGUCUGAUUUAAACUUGAAUGUAAAUGUGCCAUUGUUAAAUGUGCAUAAUGCCAUGCCUCCACCAUCUGCCCCCCCUCCCACAGAGACUCAUAGUCAGCCAAGCCCAUCACCUGAACAGUUUACUCAAGUCCCUGUGUACAUGGAUAUUCAGCCAGUCUCCACAGGCGUUAACAUGAAUCUCCAAACAGCACCUUCUAGUGCUUUUUCUCAUCGACCAGUGCUGUCUGGUGGUAAAGACAUGACUCCACUUUCAGUUCAAGCCGGGUCACCUGUAAGAAACUCAAGAAACAAUCUAAUCCCAUGCUCUGAGGGCCUUUUGACCACAGCUGAAAUUAAACAAACUGUCCCCAAAACCCCUGUUUUACCACCCUCUAGCUGCAGCUUGCAGAGUGACCCCGCUCCCCUUCUCUUAGGGCUAAAGUUGCUUCAGCUCCGCCCGCCAAAGUUGCCAGCCCAUGUCUCACAGCAAGGACCUCAGUCUCUACGGAAUUAUCCACAUAAUGAAUGUAGUUCAUCUGUGUUCAAAUAUAAUGACCUAACAACGAUGCAAAAAUGCAAAUAUGCAAAAAACAUACAUUUUACAGUUGAGGCUCAACAUCAGCAUGUCCCUGUGAAUUCUAAUUCAAAUCAGACACGACCAAAAGAGGUUCCACCAAUUCCUCAGGAUUUACCUGUUUGUUCAGCUUCAACCCCACAAGGACUUAGGCUUUUACGUGUCCAGCCUGUUUCAAGCAGCAACAUAACAUUCCCCAAACUGCCAACAAACACAUUUUCAGGGCUGCACACUGCACAUGCUAUACCAAUAGGAGAAACCCCAAGAAUAAAGCUUCUUCAAACAGAACCUCAGCCUAAAAUGAUGCUACCACUGCAAACCUCUUCAUCACAAUUAGCACGGCUCAUACCAGACAAGCAUAGGAGUGCAUUGGGUAAGCAGCAAAAUGAUAAUGCUCAGGUUCAUCUGCUGAGAGCAAUGAAGCCUACGAAUGACCCAAACAAAUCCACCAUUUUCCACAACUCCAUAAAAUCCACCAUUUUCCACAACUCCAAUAAGAGGCAGAAAAGAAGAGAGAAACUGGAACAGGCAGCAAGAGAGAUAACAUUUCAUCCAAAAGACUCGAUAAUUCCACAAGAGACAACAUAUGAUUUUCCAACUGAAAAUCAUGCUUCUGAGGAGGCUAUCUCUGAACCAGGCUGUGCCAUGCCAUCAGGCCCUCUUCUCAGAGGGGAGGGUUUAUUGGAGAAGGCCUUUGCCACUGCUGCUGAGCUCCAUGCCUUUGCAUCUACAUGUAAGAGACCUCCAGAAUGCCAUGAUGCAUCUACCAACACAGACCCAGGUGAACAGGAUUAUUUAGACCGUUCUCUUCAUCUUGAUAAAGCUGUUUCUACUGACAUCAGAACAGAAACACCUGUUUUUAGAGAGGACCAGACCCACAACAAAUGUACUUUUCAAGAUCAUCUACAGCUAACAGAAGAAAGACAUCUUACCCAAGAUAGCCAUCAGUUUGUCAGUGUGGUGGAUCUUGAAGACAAAUCCCUGCACCAAGAUUUGCCGCUGUGUCAUAACAAUCAUUUUUCUGCCUGCGCUGAAGCCACCACAGCUGGACUUCAUGUUAUGGCAACCAGAGUUCUUAGAAAUGAUACCAAACCUCAAAGUUCCCAUGAAGCAAUAUAUGAAACAUUUCAAGGGCAAACCUCUGUGCCAGCAGUCGACAAUAAAGAAUCUGUUUUACACAGUCCUUUUGUGCUGGAGGUUGAUCAAGAAGAUUUUGCUGUAGAAAGUUGUGAAUCUAAAGCAAAAAUAAUCAGAGCCAUAAAGACUCAGCCACUCAUGGCCCAAAAACCCACAGUCUGGUUCUCCUCUAAGAUGUCCCACCUGGACUCACAGCUGACCGCUUUGCAGCGCAUUGCAGACUCCCUAGAAACAGACUUUUCUAAGUCUAGAAUGUUGGAGAACACUAUAGAAAAGCUCUCCCCAGUCCCGAGCUCUGAGAAGAAGGCAAGCAUAGGAGUAAAGAAAACUGUGCGACUAUAUUCCCCGCUUGAAAUGCGGACACCACAACAUGCUACUUCAGCAGAACUGAGUGAUUCAUUUCAGCCUCAAAUAGCUGGCUCUACUAACAUCCACACUCCACCAGGGAGAAAAUAUGACUUAGCUGAACUGUCUGAGAUAUCCAACAUUAGUUUGACAGAUGAAACUCUAGAGGAGACUGGGUUAUCUGAUACAGCUGAAAUCUUAGACCAGUUGGUCAGAGAAGGGUUUCUAUCACCAACUGACUUGGACACCUCAAGUACAAAAUAUAAGAGUCUUUUUAGUAGGCUGGAUCUGGAGCAAAAAGGGAUAAUGUCAAAAAAAGGGUUGAUGCCCCAAGAUGAAAAAAGAGAGCUAAGGAUAUGGAUGAGAAAAAAGCAGCGGGAGAGACUUGUUGUUUAUCAAAAACACCGGCAAAACUUGAGGGAGAUGGAACACAGACCUUUUUCCUCCCCCACCAAAGUUAAAUGUGUGACUAAAACUGCAAAUAUGAAAUCUAAAUGGGAACCUAUUCGUGUAUUGGACCACUUUAAUCAGAGGACAUUGGAGGCUUGUAACUUGGCCAAUGAUCUUUCUGCCAGUCCUCCAAGAAUACACUUCUUUUCAGAUACUGCAGGGGCAUUCAGGCAAAGGGCAGCGGGCAGCCCAUCCUUUGCCUUACCCUUUGGUAAUACUUACAGGGUCUAUAACGCGUCAGUCAGGAAUAAGUGUCCAUCUGAAAACACUCAUUCUCGCUUAACUGGAAUAAAAGACAUUCUUUCAGAUGAAUACCACAAACGACUUGGUCUAGAUAGACCAGUGACAUCUUUGCCCAGGGACCGUCUUUCCCAGGUGACUCGGCGUGGAAUGUUGACACACCCAAGAUCUUCCAAGUUAAAUGCAGGAAAUGACAAAAUAAAAAGUAGAAGUCCUUCCAGGUCAACUGCUUUCAAAAGAGACCAUCCAAAUAAAACUGAAAACCCUCACGGGACAUUCAAAAUAUAUACAGAGAGAGAUGCGUCUCACCUUAAUGUACCUGGGCUGGAGUAUAGACAAGAGGAGCAGGACAAUUCCAUAGGUGGUGACACACAGUGGGACUGGCUGGAUAAUCUUUCUGAAACUGGAAGCAGCAACGUCAGUAAAAUUGACUGGGCUGCAAUUGAGAGGAUGGUGGCAGAAGAAACCUAAAUAUCUUUAGUAAAUUUUGUAAGCAUCACUUAUGCCUAAAUGUGAAAUCACUUCAGAUAUAUAUGUUGAUCACAUUUGUGUAUGCAAUGCAAUCAAUAAGAAUUAAUUUAUCUUUCAAUACAAAUUAUUUUUUAUUAUUCUUGUGCUAUUUUGGGGCUUUUGGACAUGUUCGAUAUUUUUAU